AAAGUCAAAAGCCCUAUUCUUUCUUCCGACGCCGCCCUUUCUCAUCUUCCCGAUCUCAGCCUCUCUCAUCUCUUUCAGAUUAGCUUGGAGUAGACUUACAGAUUUGGGCUGGACUUUGGUGUUUAUAGCUCUGAUCUUUCUGGAUAAGAUGCACUUCUGGUCAUCAUACCAAAAUGCAGAUAUUGUACUGGUUUUUGUAUCUCAAUGGACACCAAGAAAUUCAUGCAACUGGUCGAGGAGAAAAAGAGGAGAGCUUUGGAGAAGAAAGAAGCCCCUUUGAAAUGGGAGCAGAAACUAGAAGCUGCUGCCAAGGCAAAAGCUGAUGCUGAAGCCAAAGCGAGGAAGUUGAAAUCUUUGAAGCAUAAGAGAAGGUCUGUGUCAGACUCUGAUUCCGAUAGCAGCAUUGAUGAUAGGAGAAAAUCAAGUAAAAGGAGUCACAAGAAGCACAAGAAACGCCCUCACUCAGACUCAAGUGACAGCGAAAAGAAAGAAAAGAGAUCCAGAAGGAAGCCAAAGAGAUAUUCCUCGGGGGCCUCAAGUGGCGACGUCAGUGAUGGAUAUGAGAGUGGCUAUGAAGGAGAUAAGAAGAGGAAGAAGCGAAGCCACAAAAGGCACAGGGUUUACGAAUCCAGGUCAGAAUCUGGUGUUUCUGGUUCUUCAAGUGAUGAAAAUGAUGAGAGAGUCAAGAAAAGUCAUGUGAGGCACCACAGGCGCCAUAGGAGGGCAGGUUCUGAUCUUUUGGAUUUUAGUGAUGAUGAACAGAGAAAAAUCAGAAGAAGUCAUGCAAAGCACCCUAAACACCAUCGACAAUUGAAAUCUGCUUCUGAUUCUUCAAGUUGUGAGGACGGUGAGAUUAGAAGGAAAGAUCGUGUAAAGCACCAUAAACGUCAUAGGCGUUCAGAUAGUGUUGAUUCAAGGUCAUCAGAGUCGGAUUCUUAUAGGCGUGACAGAAGGAGCAGAUCUUUGGGGAAGUCAUCGGAUGACAACCAUGAUCAAGCAGGUAAACAUAUGAAGGACAAGAGAGAUGGUCAUCAUCACCACCAUCACAGACGUCAUCACAACCAUCGCUUAGAGGAGAAGGAUAACUAUCCUGAGGAUUCAGUUAAGCCUAAUGGAAAGCGCAUCGAAGAUCUUGGUAGAAAUGGAGCUACUGACAUUAAUGAUGCUCCUGAUGAUCAAAAUGUCUAAAUGAUCUUUUAAACUGCAGAGUUCACUUCCCUGGAUUGGUCUUGUUUACAUUGUUCCUUGAUUGUUGGAGGGAUGCCCUCUUUCCUGCAUUUGUACCUUAAACUUCUAUUGGAUUAAAAGGCCCGGACUUCCUUAACAUUCCAAUUAUGAAUUGAUAUCUGAAAGUUCUGCUUGAUGAAGUUAAAGAAAAGAAAUAACAAAACGGAGCUUGCUUUGUCAAUU